GGCCAGGGGGUGCGGCCCCGCGGGGCGCGCUCGGCCCCCGAAGUGCGGGCCUUUGUAAACGCGCCUUCUCCGCACGCGGUUGUUGCGGAGAGGCUUGCAGGGUCGGGAUGUUGGGGGUGCGCGCGGUCCAGGAGCAGAGGCGCCCGGAGCAGAGCGCGGCGGGCCCGUCUCCCGCACGCUUUGUGCUGGGGCUGGACGUGGGCAGUUCGGUGAUCCGCUGCCACGUCUAUGACCACGCGACGCUGAUUCGCGGCUCCAGCGUGCAGAAGAUAGAAAAUCUUUAUCCUCAAGCUGGCUGGGUUGAAAUUGAUCCCGAUGUUCUCUGGCUUCAGUUUGUAACUGUAAUAAAGGAAUCUGUUAAAGCUGCAGGAAUAGAGAUGAAUCAAAUUGUUGGUCUUGGCAUUUCAACACAGAGAGCAACUUUUAUUACGUGGAACAAGAAAACAGGAAAUCAUUUUCACAACUUCAUUAGUUGGCAAGACCUGAGAGCUGUUGAACUUAUAAAAUCUUGGAAUAAUUCCCUCAUAAUGAAGCUAUUCCAGAGUUCCUGCCGAGUGCUGCACUUUUUCACUAGAAGUAAACGAUUUUUAGCCGUCAGUUUGUUCAGUUUCACAAACCAGCAUGUUUCUUUGAGACUGGCCUGGAUUUUACAGAACGUGGUUGAGGUGCAAAAGGCAAUUGAAGAAGAUAAUUGCUGCUUUGGGACUAUUGAUACCUGGUUGUUACAUAAGCUCACAAAAGGUUCUGUAUUUGCCACGGAUUUUUCAAAUGCCAGCGCAACUGGACUAUUUGACCCUUUUAAGAUGCGUUGGAACCGGCUCCUUACUUCCAUGCUUUCGAUACCACUGUUUAUCCUGCCUCCUGUGAGGGAUACGAGCCACAAUUUUGGAUCAGUGGAUGAAGAGUUAUUUGGUGUGCCUAUACCAAUAGUGGCCUUGGUCGCCGAUCAGCAGUCAGCCAUGUUUGGAGAGUGCUGCUUCCACAUAGGAGACGUGAAACUAACCAUGGGAACUGGGACAUUUUUGGAUAUUAAUACUGGAAAUAGCCUUCAGCAUACUAUUGGAGGCUUUUAUCCACUAAUUGGGUGGAAGAUUGGCCAAGAAGUUGUAUGCUUAGCUGAAAGCAAUGCAGGAGACACUGGUACUAUCAUCAAAUGGGCUCAAGAAUUAGAUCUUUUCACAGAUGCUGCUGAGACUGAAAAAAUGGCCAAAAGUUUAGAAGAUUCUGAAGGAGUCUGUUUUGUUCCAUCUUUUAGUGGAUUGCAGGCUCCAUUAAAUGACCCCUGUGCAUGUGCCUCUUUUAUGGGUUUGAAGGCUUCCACCAAUAAAUACCAUCUCGUACGAGCAAUAUUGGAGUCAAUAGCUUUCAGAAACAAACAGUUAUAUGAGUUGAUGCAGAAAGAGAUCCAUAUCCCUGUGACAAAAGUCCGGGCAGAUGGAGGAGUUUGUAAGAACAAUUUUGUUAUGCAGAUGACUUCAGACCUGAUUAAUGUGAAUAUAGAGAGACCCAUCAACUUAGACAUGUCCUGCCUUGGUGCAGCUUUUCUAGCUGGCCUUGCUGUUGGGUUUUGGACUGACAAGGAGGAACUAAAGAAACUGAGGCAAAGUGAAGUGGUUUUCAAGCCACAAAAGAAAUGGCAAGAAUAUGAAAUGAGUAUGGAAAACUGGGUCAAAGCAGUGAAACGCUCCAUGAAUUGGUAUAACAAGAUGUAGCUCUAACUGGAACGACUGAAACCAUAUACGGCUAGUUGAUACGACACGCAGAUGAGACACAGCUCAGGGAUAAUAACCAAUACGACAAUGACUGAGAAGAUUUCAGAUGAGCUCUGCAACCUGAGAGAAAAAACAUUGCUUUUUUGAAUACGAAACAAAACAAAAAAUCCCUCAUUUUAAAAUCUAAACCUUGGUAAGAUUGUAAGGCAACAGUACCUCAAAACUUUGUAUCUUCUGUUUUGUAGCAAAUUCCAAAGGACGUUCGCCAUUUCCAGCCAUAUUUUGACAGCUGUGGGUCUUCCUCCUUUUUAUACUCGGUCAGCGAUACAUACGAACGUAAUUGUUUACUAUCUGAGUUAAUAGUUCUGGGUCAAGCAUCAUUCAUGUUUUGUUCCAAAAUUAACAAGUGUUCCUUUAAUUCUUUAAAAUUAAAUGGGCUAUAUGAAGUUCACAUAGCUAGAAAGAAAGACUCACUGAGGAAAUGUGGAAUUUUGCAACAUUAAUAUUUUAUAUUUAAAGCCAUAAUUGUUCAAUACUAUAUCCAAAUAUGAGCUCGAUAUAGGCUCACAUAGGCUUAUUGUUAGUCAUUUCUUUCCUUUAUUGGGCUUAAAGACACUGCCUUAGUUUUUCCUUGUUUUCACCAAAAUCUGAGCAUUCUUUUUGUAUUGAAAAAAUAACUUUAGUGAAUGAAACUACAGAGGGUAAUGAUUCAUAAGGAAAAAGAAAAUAUUUUCUUUCUCAAAUAUUUGAAAGAAAAGGAUUUCUUUCAAAAACUUCUGGCUAGAGUGUAACAUCCCAUUUUUUACAAAAUGCGGGUAGUGGAUAUAAAUCUUGCUUUGCUCUUCCUGUUCUUUAUCUUUGUUGUUGAAAUGCUUGCAUAAAUAUCUUUUGCUUUUAUUAAGUGCCUAAUUGACAGAGCUUAAUUUGAAGAAAAUGCCCUAAUUCAUUGGUGACAUAAGAAUUGUCUUCAUUGGGGUAUUUCACUUAUCCAGGUAUCUUUUACUUCCGUUCAAUCUAUUCAUUUCUGUGAGAUAGGAGCAGUGGGUAGCUGACAGAGGUAAUGGGAGUGUAUUCGUGCAAAUGAUUGCCCUACAGUUACUGGGCCAGAGCUCCACAGAGAGGAGCAGGGACAGUUCCACAUUCUCAGACUUUCCUGAUAGAAACAAAUGUAAAAGAAUCAAGAGUUGUGAGUAGCUUCAGGCCCCAUGUAAAACUGUCCUAUGGCAGUAGACUACCCUCCAGCUUGUUCUUAUGUUAUUUGCCCCUCCCUCCUCCACUUGGGCUAGGUUCCAUUUCAAUUUGUAGCAAUAAUGAAUUUAUUUCCCUCUUAUUUGGGCUUUUUUAUAUAAAGGCCUACUGUUACAGAGCUAGUUGUUAAGUGCUAAUGUAACUUCAAAAGUGACUGUUACAGGGAAUUUUGUUGUUGCCAUCAUAUAUGUCCAUUUCAGUGACAGAUAUGAUAGAACUAGGUGUCACACUGCAUUUCUACAAAUUCCAUUUCAGUGAACUUUGUCUUCUUGAAGUAUUAAAGUUUUUGAUGGAAUCAUAAUAGCCAAUAUAUAGUAUCAUUAACUCCAUUAAUUAAGAUUUGGAAAUAUUUUUGUGAAGUGGAGGUAUUUUGUUUACUGUAAAAAGUCAGAUUCCAUUAUGUAGAUAAUAUUCUUCUUUUUAUUCUUUUCAUUUUUCUUAUGUCCCUUUACAAAGCUUAGUGACCAAUUAUAGGCCGUUUUAUCAAAAUCAGAUCACACGCAAGCUGCUCCAUUGUUUUACUGUUUCUUACAGAUUCUGCUUCUCAGUGGGUAUAAUUUCAUAGUAAAGAACUGUCUCUGUGUUAGGAUAUACUGAAUUGUAAUAUUAUUAAUACUUAAGAAUUUGUUAGCUCAUUUCUUUUUCAUAUUCUCUUUCAUCAACCACAAAAUAAAGGAUAAAUACCUUUUAGAUAAUGUGAAAAAGUAAUUGUGAACAUGUCUCAUCGGAAUUGAGCAUCUCCUCAAAAAUCAGUGGCUAAUUUUUUCUUCUGUUAGUCUAGAAUUAAUCUUUUAUUUUUACUACGUCUGGCUGUUUUUUAGUGACACAAUUUAGUAGAUCUUUUGCCAUAUUUGACCUGAAUCAGAAACGUGACCACAUUUGCUUUUGUGGUUGUAGAAACAGUUGACAUUCAAAAUCAGUUGAGCAAAAAAAUUUAUCGUUUCCAUCCUCCAAGUUUAUUUUCAUUUAUAUGCUAAUAUUUGCAUAUUUGCAGUUUAAAAUAUUUGCAGUUUAAAAAAAUUUGUGCUAACAUUUCUCAGCAUGUUUUAUUUUCCCAUUAUGGAUCAAUCAGAUAUUUUUAGGAGGUCUGUAGCUAUCUUUUUAAGUAGGAGAAUGUUUCUGUACAAUCCUUCUUAAAGUGGUACUAAAUGCUUUCAUACCUAGACUUACUGAUUUUUAAUUGUUUUAUAUCCCACCAUAAUACGGUUUCUCAAUCUCAGCAUUAUUGACAUUUGGGACAGGUAAUUCUUUGUCUUGGGUUGUUGUACUGUGCAUUAUAGGGUAUUUGGCAGCUCUUUACCUGCUAGCUACCAGUAGCAUCCCCCUAGUUGUUGUGGUUAAAAAUGUUUCCUAGCACUGCCAAAUGGACCCCAGGAGGCAGUAUCACCCCCAGUUGAGAACCACUAAUACACAAUCUUAGAAGAAAAUUGAAGACUCAGCAAAUGUAGUGUGUCUAUCAUGCUCCUUUUCUCUCUGCCUCAUUUUACCUUAGGAAAUGGUAGUUAGCAAAAAGAGGUGGUUGUAUCUUAAAAUAAAUAGGGUUUCUACUUUACUGGUUAAUGAGGCAAAAAAAAGAAAAAUCUUAUGUUGUAAUUGUCUUCUGCUGUUUUUACUCACUCACCCCUGUCCCCAUUCCUGCAUCCUCUGUGGUCUUAAUGAGUGGGUUUAUGACUUCAGUAUAGGAUUAAUGUAGUCUGCAGAGCAUCUUGAUUUUAUCUGCCUUUUUGCUUCCUUUUCAUCUCUGAACAAAAGAGAUGAUCACUCUCUUUUAUCUGCCUCUGUGUAAGAUUCCCAUCAAACUGGAAGUUCCGCAAAAGCAGAAACCAUGUCGGGUGCGUCAGUGGCUCAGUUGGUGAAGCGACUGCCAUCGGCUUAGGUCAUGAUCCUCGAGUCCCAGGUUCAAGUCUGCAUCGGGCUCCCUGCUCAGUGGGGAGUCUGCUUCUCCCUCUGACCCUCCCCCCUCUCAUGCUCUCUCUCUCUCUCUCUCUCUCUCUCUCUCAUAUAAAUACAAUCUAAGAAAAAAAAGCAGAAACCAUGUCUGCUUCCACAGAACUUAACUGUGUGCCUUCCUAUUGAUACGGUGAAUUUUUACUUUAUAAGUGCAACUUUUUUUGCAUAUGUAUUUUAUCCCUGAUUUAUAUACAUUUGUUGGUAAGGAACAGCUUAUAUUUGUUGCAAGUAAAAUAUAUUUUGUUGGAUUAAGAAGGACAACAGUUGACCCUUGAACAACAUGGGUAUGAACUGUGCAGGUCCACUUAUAUGCAGAUUUUUUCCAUAAAUAUAUGUACCAUACUGUGAAUGUAUUUUCCUUAUGAUUUUCUUAAUAACAUUUCCUUUUCUCUAGCUUACUUUACUGUAAGAAUACAGUGUAUAAUGCCUAUAACAUACAGACUAUGUGUUAAUUGUUUGUAUUAUCAGUAAAGAUUCUGGUCAACAA